GCCGUCCGUCCUACUCUUAUUCCCUCUCAUCGACAUCCUCUCCACCAUUGUCAUCCUCCAUUUUGACAGGCCACGUCUCGUGCACAUUAGAAUCCCUCCCGUCCGAUCCUGCCCGGAUGGCCGCUCCAGUAGGCGCCAAUGCAGCUCUGCCGAUGAAUAACCCUCAGCCUCGCCUUCCGCCCGAGAUCUGCGAGCGCAUCAUCGACCAAUUUUAUCCACACCGUUCAUGGCGCGUUGACAGACAGACCGUGCUGAAUUGCGCCCUCGUUUGCCGAGGGUGGUACGCCCAGAGCCGCAUGGUAUUUUACAAGGAGACCUUCCUCCACAGUCGCAAAGAGGCAGUCGCCUGUAUGAGGUCACUGAUGCGGAUACCUCUCCUCGCUGGGCCGGAGUUGGCAUCCAUUAUCGUGAUGCUGGCAGGGAAACUUCCAAACCUGGAGACCCUCUAUUUCGAACGUGUCAGCUUCGAGCACUGCUCCAUGCGCCAUUUGGCAUUUUGGAGUUUGCACGAAUUCAGUCAUAUCACAAUAUUGGUGCUACAUACUGUGACGUUGCCAUCGGCGAGCCCCUUCUUUCAGGUCGUCUGUUCGUUUCCUCAUCUGCAGGAACUUUAUUGCUGGGAUCUGCACUGGAGCAAAUCGAGGUCCAUCGCUCCACUACCUGCACACCACCGCAUGCCUUUGACGAAAGUAACUCGUCUUGGCUAUGACAUGUCGUGCUUCGAAGGCAUCGGACAUACUCUUCUCGGUCUGCUGGAUCAAGCUAUCCUCAAAGAACUCACCUUACACCUAUGUGUCUAUGCGGCAACCCUUGCUUCUACUCAAGACAUUCUGAGCAUAGUCAGCAGAAGACUCGAAAAGGCACAGGUCGCUUUCUGGACAGGAAAAAAAGAGAGUGCUGAUGCCAAUUUACACUGGCAGUCUUUGCUCUUUUUGAAGCAAACAUAAAUAUGCAGGGACUGAACCUGUGCAUCAUCAUUUCAGAAAUGGAUGAUGUUGCACUGUUUGUCCGGAGUGUGCUGCUGCCUCUGUUACACACAAUAUC